AUGGAGAAAUAUUUCAAAAGAAAGCUACCACUAGAAUCUGAAGUCACUCCAUUAGUCUCUUCUAAUAAAAAGAAGUUCUUAGAAUUCAAUGUGGAAAGUCUAGUAGCUGAUCCUGGACAACGACCCAAAAUUUCAAAUUAUGAUCCAAAUGACAGAGAUGAAGUUAGACGAGCUUAUUUGCAAAAAGUUCCUUGUCAACCAAGAGAACAUGAUUUUUCACAAACAUAUUUUGGAACUUCUCUCCGUAGAUUUAAUGCUGAUUGGUUUGAUGAAUUUGGCAAUUGGUUGGAAUAUAGUAUUUCAAAAGAUGCUGUAUUUUGUCUCUGUUGCUAUCUUAUGAAACCUGAUGGUGCGAGUGGUGAUGCUUUUGUAAAAGAGGACUUUUCAAAUUGGAAAAAGAAGGAGCGAUUACAAACACAUGUUGGAAAUCAUGAUAGUGCUCAUAAUCAAGCUCGAAGAAAAUGCGAAGCACUCAUGAAGCAAAAAUAA